AUGCCGUUUCUCAGAGAUGGUCUUGGUUCAUUCACCGAGUCCGAGAAGGGCUCUGAUGCAUUUGAAAAGCUUGUGGAGGACCUUAGCUUGGCCCUGGGUCCAAGCUCCGGUCUCGACUCCGAUGAUGUUGACCCGAUGAACAUCCAACUAUUAAUGGAGAAAUACAUUUCCAAGCCGUCAGAAUGGGAGCUAUAUGCUUUAGGUGAUGCCAGUCGAUCUUACACAAGAAAUCUCAUUGAUGAAGGAAAUGGCAAGAGUAACCUGCUUAUUCUUGUGUGGUCUCCAAAUAAGGGAAGUGCAAUUCAUGACCACGCCAACGCACACUGUGUUAUGAAGCAGAUCCUUAAAGGGAAACUUCAAGAAACACUCUAUUCUUGGCCAGAUAAACAGAAGAUUGGAAGUGGGCAAUCGUCUCCACCACAGGUCAUCCGGCAGACAGUCUACGGCGAGAACCAAGUCACCUACAUAUCGGACAAGCUCGGUCUUCACAGAAUUUACAAUCCGGACCCGGAUGAGUUUGCAAUUUCUCUCCAUCUCUACACUCCCCCACAUGCUGCAACCCAUGGCUUCUGCUUGUUUAACGAGACAACCGGCAAAGCAAAUCACAUCAAGCAAACCAAAUACUUCUCGGUCCGUGGAAAGCGGCUGGACGUGGACUUCGUCAGUAGCGAAGAUCGCUCCCUUGUGCAGUCUGCGUCUUGA